GACCCCGACGCGCGGGGUCAACACGGGCUGUGAAUGGGUUCACGCGGACGCAAGACGCCAAUGAGAGCACGCGCUAAUUAGGAAAACCUGGUGAAGCAAUUAGCACGCGAGGACUGGAGAAGAGCUGACCUAGUGCUCCGCUCAACCCCGGCACCAUGAGUUGGAGCUUCCUGACCCGCCUGCUGGACGAGAUCUCCAACCACUCCACCUUCGUGGGGAAGAUCUGGCUGACGGUGCUCAUCAUCUUCCGCAUCGUGCUGACGGCCGUUGGCGGCGAGACCAUCUAUUAUGACGAGCAGAGCAAGUUCGUGUGCAACACGCAGCAGCCCGGGUGCGAGAACGUGUGCUACGACGCGUUCGCGCCGCUCUCCCACGUCCGAUUCUGGAUCUUCCAGGUCAUCAUGAUCACCACACCCACCAUCAUGUACCUGGGCUUCGCCAUGCACAAAAUCGCCCGUAUGGACGACAGCGAGUACCGGCCGAUCCGCAACCGGAAGAAGAGGAUGCCCAUCGUGAGCCGCGGCGCCGUGCGGGACUACGAGGAGGCUGAGGACAACGGCGAGGAAGACCCCAUGAUAGCCGAGGAAAUCGAACCGGACAAGCCAGACAAGGCCGAGAAAGGUUCUGAGAAGAAGCACGACGGUCGGCGGCGGAUCCUCCGCGACGGACUCAUGAAGGUGUACGUGUGCCAGCUGCUGUGGCGCUCGGCCUUCGAGGUGUCCUUCCUUUUCGGCCAGUACGUGCUCUACGGCUUCGAGGUGAUCCCCCUGUACGAGUGCUCGCGCUCGCCGUGCCCGCACAUGGUGGACUGCUUCGUGUCGCGCCCCACCGAGAAGACCAUCUUCCUCCUGGUGAUGUACGUGGUGUCCUUCCUCUGCCUGCUCCUCACCGUCCUGGAGAUCAUCCACCUGGGCAUCGGCGGCGUCCGCGACGCCUUCCGGCGGCGGGCCGCCCUCAGCUCGCGCGGCGGCAGUGGCCGCCAUCCGCUUCCGCCACCACCGCCGUCCGCCCGGGCCAUGCCCACGGCGCCGCCGGGUUACCACGCCACCAUGAAGAAGGAGAAACUGAAGGGGGAGAUGAGGGACUUGCCGAUGGGCGACUCCGGGCGGGAGAGCUUCGGGGACGAGGGCCCGUCGUCCCGUGAGCUGGAGCGGCUCCGGAGGCACCUGAAGCUGGCGCAGCAGCACCUGGGCCUGGCCUACCAGCUGGACGAGGGCAGCCCGUCGCGCAGCAGCAGCCCGGAGGUCAACGCGGCGGCGCAGACGGCGGCCGAGCAGAACCGGCUCAACUUCGCCCAGGAGAAGCAGGGAGAGGCGAGCGAGAAAGGAAUACAUGCCUGAGCGUGCUUCCUGCCUCAAACCGUCUGUCCUCCCGCUCCUGCUGGCCUUAAACACACGGGGGAAGAAGAACGCACAUAUGGGAAUGCAGUCAGACCACUGAGGGAGACCGGCGCAUGUGAGAGUGUGUGUGUGUGUGUGUGUGUGUGUGUGUGGACGAGAGGGGAGGGGGAGGGGGGGUAAAAAGAAGAAAAAAAAACCACCCGAAAAAACCGACGUGCCUUUCAGUAUUCAAGGUCGGCCGAAAAUCCUGACUGCGCUACGUGUUUUCUCUCUUUUUUUUUUUGUCACAAAUGGUUCAUCUCCACGACUCUGGACUUGAAAGGCCGCCACGUGUCUAGCCUCCCCCUGCCUGCUGACCUACAUACAAACAUACAAACAAACAAACAAACAAAGCAAACAAACCCGACUCACUGCGCCUUCGGCCAAACCCCGGCUUAAAUCCCACUUUUCCUUUGUGGCCCGUGCAACAAAAUCUGUGUCCAUUUCAGACCCUUUCAGGACUAUUGUCGGCUCGCCCUCCUCCCUUCAGCGCGCUCUCUCUCUCUCUCUCUCUCUCUCUCUUUUAUUAAAAUGUCAGUGGCUGUUAACGUCUCGGGGCUUCAACCUGCGCUAGAUGUUUAAUUUAAACAGAUUAGGGAUUAGCCAAAGGUCCUGCCAUUUCAGAGAUUAUUUGAAGCCUUGUACGUUCACCCCAAAUCUUUACCUGGGAAAUGCUUGAACUGCUCAUCGACCAAUAAUCCGUGCUCCUGAAGCUGUUUGAACGCCCCCUCCUCAAGAUCUUUCAUCUUGUUUUGUUUUUUUUCCAAGUUUAAAUUAGUUUUCUGGACUCUGAUCAAUAAUUAAAUUCCAUCCCCGGCUUUCAGAAAUGGACAUUCUUGCUCAGUGAGACAUGUUUUCCAUCUCAUUUCUGUGUCGGAACACGGACGCCUUUCGUGUUUCUCCCUGGGGCUGUAAAAGGAAAAGUUUAAAAAAAAAAAAAAAAAAAAAAAGAUGCUGACGCACGGCCCAGCGCCGUGUAAACAGAAAACCCUCUGGAUCCGUCAGCGCUC